AUGUCCCAAACCGUCAACUUCCUCACAAACUUCGCCAGUCUCCCCGCCACAGCCCCAUCAUCCCACGCCCACAUCAUCAGCGACUUCGCCUGCGGCACCUCGACUCCCCACAUCCAAGACGCCAUCGUCACUCUCGUCUACAAAAUCUCACCCAGCACACUCUUCACAUUCCUCGAACCCGACAUCAAAGAAUUCCAACUCGUGCAGACGCGCAGGCAAGGCAAGGACGCAGGCGAGAAGCUCGUAGUUAUGAAACGAGGCCGUAAAGUCAUUAUAGGUCUCGCAAACCCCUCCCCAGACCUCUUCGACACCCUCGAAUUCGACAAUCUCGUUCGCUUGGAAAUCGACAAAGAGGGAGCGUGGAAAGUCAUGUAUGCGUCGUAUCGUGAUUACUUUCGCGAGAGCUGGGAUGAUGUUUGGGAUGGUAUAACGGUGAAUCGGGGGUGGGAUGAUCUUAGUCUCAGGGCUUGGGUGGAGGACCCGAGGUCGGAGAGUAGGAGAAGGUUGGAGAUUUUGGCGGAUGAAUUGAUGUGGGUGGUGCUGAGGGGGAGGGUGUGGGAGGUAGGGGGGUUUGCCAGGGCCCUCAACUCCCCCACCAAACCCUCCCCAUCAACGAGCGACAACAAAACCUCAAACUACACCACCGCCUUCCCAUCCCUCCCCCCUUCUACCCCAGCAACCCACGCCCACAUCCUCAACCUCCACUCCCCUCCUCCCGCGCACCCAACCCUACAAGACACACUCGUAGCAACCCUCUACCACACCUCUCCAGAAACGCUAUCCCGCUUCCUAGACCCCACGGUGGAUAAUUUCAAGGAGAUACUCGGAAAAAAAGGGGGGAUGUGA